AUCGCACCGCUCCUCCGUGGCACUGCUGUCGGCACCGUGCGCGGCAUCACCCUGGCGAUACAGCCGAGAUCCGCCAACAAGCGCUGCAUCCGCGACACAUAGGGAGAAAGUGCCGGCCAGCUGUACAGGGGGGGAAGAGGAGGAGGAGGAGGAGGAGGAGGAGGAGGAGGAGGAGGAGGAGGAAGAGGAGGAGGAGGAGGAGGAGAUUCGGGGACGAACGCCCGCGUCGCAUGUGGAUGCGAGCAUUCGCUGCCUGGCAUGUGUCUCACGCUGGCGCGAAGUGCACGCCAUACAGCGACGCCAGGCCUGGCCAGGCCCCAAGUCGGCCCAAGAGUGGCGGACAGACCACCUUGGCUGUGCCACUGGGACCUGGACGCCGAGCCUGUAUCCAGACGGGGAUUCGUCAAUAUUUGUCGCGAUUUUGGCAGUUCCCGGUGCCCUGCGGAGCAGGCUGCGGCUCAGGUGAUCCGAGGCCGUCGGACGAGCUGGCCGCACCAGCGCACCGCGUGCUCUCCUC